AUUUCUACCUAGGUAAUUUGAUAAGCUUCUCACCUGUCAUUUGCAAGUGAUGCAGGUCUGAAAUUAAUGGCCUGCAAAUUGCUGAGCAGGGAUAAAGAACUGAAAGGUGCAGGGGGGACUUGGAGAGUCACUGAAAGCCCAAGGAGAACACUAUAAAGAGGAAACCCUGCAAAAAGAAAGUGGAAGCGCUGGUGGGCAGGACUUCAACAAAGCAGCAACAGAGCAAGCAGAACUCCAGCACAGCUGAAGGAUGGCGAGCAGCUCUGUACCUGGAGGAUCAGCUCCUCUAGCAGAUGUGGUCCUGGCUUGGAAGAGUCUUCAGAAAGCCAAAGAAGUGCUACAAAGGAUUGAAAACAAAUUGUAUCAUCAAACGUGGAGCCGUGCCAAAUUGCAGACAGCCAGAAGAAAGCUUUGGUGUGAAAAAAGCUUUGAUGGGGAGAGAAGCAGAGAUGAAACAGCUUUGAUUGAGAAAAAGAGCAAUGAGGUUCCCUUGUCCUGCAGAGAAGGGAUUUGUGCUGCCUUCUCCCCUGCCUGGUCACAGAGCUGUCUCCAGGAGAGCCCUGCAGCGAGCCCCAUCCCACCUGGCACAGCCCCCCUGUCCUCCAGGGGACACCCACGCUCAGCCCCUUGUGGGAUGUGGUCUCCUGCGAUGAGCCUGUGCAGAGCAAGAAGGGAGAGUUUUGGGGAGCAGAUGGAUUCGAGAAGUUGUGCAGGGCGGAAGGGGAAAUUUCCCCGCUGCCCACAUCACCCAGCUCCAUCCCCAGCGGGGAGCAGUCGGUUCUCAGCUCCCAUGCCCACGGCUGGCACACCUCGGAUGUACGGCCCUGCACCAGGCAGCGGGCCCAGCGAUCAGAAGCUGGCAGAACUAUGGAAAAAAUCACCCCAAAAGAAGUUAGAGCAGCUCAAGAAGAAGAUCCAGGAGCAGAAGCAGCAAGCGGCAUCCCGGGCGCAGCAGUGCCAGGCUGCAGCGUGUGCUGGGGGGCUGCCACCAAAGAGCCCCCUGAGGAGGAAGGUGUGCACGGUGGUGUCGGCUCCUCCCGCUCCGGUUUGCAGAGACCAAAAGGAGAGAAGUUCAGCGCAGAGAAUUCAAGCACAAAGCCAGAGGCAGCCUUCACCCAAAUCCUCCAAGCUGGAGAGAACAGCGGCAAGUAAAGAUACAAAGCUACCCGGUGCUUCUGCAUGGAGAGAAGGUCAGAAGCUGGCUAGGCAGUUGCUUGGUCCACCCCCUGCAUUUCCAAAGCUGCAGAGCACAGCUGAGGAGCAGACCACUGGAAACACCUUGGAGCCUGAGCGAGGAUUUGUAGCAAUGCCAGCAAUGGAAAACAGCUCUAGAGAAAAUGGAAAUGAACCUGGGGGGAAAAGCCCUGAAUUCACAAGCUGCACAGUUCCCCCCCACAGGCCCGUUGGAGGGAGCAGCAGUGCACCAGCCAAGGAUACAAACCCAGUACUCAGCAACCUGCAUCUGCAAAGCCAGUGGCAGGAGGAACACAGACGUAGCAGGCUCCCAGAAGACACUGUGAGAGCAGAGGCAGAAGUUCUGCAGCAAUAUCCUGGGAUCCGUUCUCCUUCACCUGAAGCUCAGAGCACGACUCCCCCUGCCUUCACUGAGGACAAGAUAAGAGCUUCGUUAAUAAAGGCUGGAGCCAAGCCCGGCAGCUCUAGAAAGUGCAGCACAUCUCCUCAGGGAUGGAAAGGCUCAAACAGCCCUCUGCAGAAAGGGUCUGAGAAGGAAAACCUUAAGCACCCUUCAAAGAGGAGGGUAAAUGUUAGAAAACCUCACCCCUACAGCCCUGAAGUUGUUCGGGAAUAUAUUCAUAGGAAGAAUAAAGAGAGAAAGAAAAAAAAGCUAGAAGAGAAAAAGUCUCUGAUGGAAGCCAUGGAAAUGAGGAAUAAGAGGCUGCAAGAAGUAUACAGGAAACAGAGAGAAGCUGUUGGAAAGAAAACACGUUCAGAGCAGACACACAGCCCGAGCAGGGGAACAGCUGCUGUGACACAAAGCCCUCGGUGUGCGCUUGAACAGGAGCAAACCAGUGGUCCAAUCCUGGAGAGGAGUUUCAUGGCCUGGGUGGAUGAAACACCCCAUACUCUACUAAAUAAAGAUCACAGAGACAGGGAUCAGCUUCUAAGAGGUCAAUCACCUAAAAACAGAGAGACAUUACCUUCUGCAGCAGCACUGGGAUCUGAAUGCUGGUUCCUGAGUCCUCUGAAACGUGAAGACUUGGGGGACUGCUCUCCCCCAGCUCUCUCUAUACCUCCUCUCAGCUUUUCCCUUCCUCAGAAAGAUGCAAAACUGGACUCCAAGGACUCGGUUUCUGGUCUUUCUCCAUACAGAAAUAAGUGGGAUCGAGUGAAAGCCAUACACAAUCUAUCCAAGGAACUCGCAGAGAAGAUUGAGAUGUCAACCAAGAGACUCAGUGCAACAAGCAGGGCUGGGGACUUUGCUGACAAAACAGCAGCAGAGACAACUUGGGACCUUUUCAACAAGUCUUCUAUCACGGAGCCUGAGACUUCCAAGGAUGAGCAAGACAGGACCAUGACCUUACAAAUGCUUCUGGGAGACCCAGAUCCUGCUGAGUUACGUGUGUCCUCAGACAGGGCAUUUCAUGGGCUGGGCAGGAUCGGCCUUGUGGGCACUGAGGGAGCAACGAGCCAGGCCAGCCAGAAGAAAAUACCCACUGCUUUGUCUGGGGGGAGUGCUGGGGGCAAGGAAUUACCAUGGAACACCCACAGCAUGAAAUCAAGGCAUCUCAGCCCUGGGGAACACAGGAGCAGCACACUGAAAGGUUUCCCUAUGAAUAAAGGCUCCGAGGUGGACAUGAGCCUACUGCAUGAAAAGCCAAUAACCAGCCCAGCCUUUCCAUCUCGUGGAUUCCUCACUAGAAGCCUGCAGAGAGAACCCACAGCUCAGAGGAACCACCGCUGGCCUGAGACGAUCCUGGAAGUUCAGCAUCGGGAGGGAAUUGCCUGCUGGUCUCCUCCAGAGAGCCUGAGGACACCGGACGGCCUCAGAACCCAGCUCUCUGCCACUCCAACGAAUGGAUCAAAGACUCGAGGUGGCUUCAAGCAGGACUUUGGUAAGGUGGCGUUCCCCACGGUGUCAGUGCGGUGGGUGCUCUGUGCCCUCCCCAGGUGCUUCUUGCACUAUUGCAGGAGAAUGAAUAGCCUUUGGUUACGAGAGAACUCUUGCUAAAAGUUCUGAAAAACUGAAAAACUUGAGGGGUGAAGGGAAAUUUCAAGGAGCAGGUGAGCAUUCCAGAUUUUGAAGGUGAUGGACGAAUAAAGACAAAAAUGUGGAAUUGACCAGAACGUCACCACACAGGAUGCUGUGCCGUGACACAGGGACAGCCCCAGAGAGCCCCUAAUGGAACAAACCCCAUCCAGAUCAGAGCCCCUUGCAGCUUCCUCUGAAGGUCUCAAGGAGCUUUGCAAUGAACUCCUCGUAAUUAACACAUCAGAGAAGUGUGGGACGUGAUCCUCCUUGUACAGCAAGGGGCAGCUCAGAACAUUCGCAGGGUUAACAAAGGACUGCGGGGCGAAUGGAGACACAUGCUUGAGAAUCCCACAUGGCUGGCAAAGCAUCGCUACUGCUGCUGACAACAAGUAUUUGCAUAGAAACAAGGGGAUUUUGUUGUCCAAAGGGUUAAGCAGCAAACGGCAGCGUGCAGGCCUGCUCUGGCUGGAGAGCCCUGCUCGCUUCCACCAAACAGCAGCAGAUGGUGCAUUGUUUUAAGGGCUUUUCCAGACAAAAGAACAAGCUCAGAUAUCCUUUCCUCAAAGAGGGUACUUACAAAAAGCCUUUGCUCUUAUUAAGGAUUCUUCAUUGUUUUCCCCACAACAUUUUAUAAGUCAUAUUGGAUUUUGAGGUGGUGGAGAAGCCAGCGUUGUUUACGCUGCUUCUCCCCAGCCCCCGGGGACUGCGAGGGCACCUUACACAAUUGGACACAAGUCCAUUGUCUGAAGUGUUCACCGCGAGUGAAAGACACUGCAUUUAUUGAAUAUUAAUAAUUAAAGCCCCCAAUUCUGGGAGCUAUCUGACAAAAAUACCCUACUCAGCACUCGAACAAUAGGAGCUGCUGCCUGGUGUCUGUGCCAGGAGAGCCCCGUCCCUUCCCUCAGCAGUUGUAGGAGCUUUGCAGGUUUGACUGCAAGCCAGCAGUUCCACUUCGGGCCAUGUUGCUGCAGAUGAGGCACAGAACUGUCAGCCUGAAGACAAUGUUGCUCUGAAAUAUGGGUCACAAGUGGAUCUGUUCUCCUCUCUUAUCAGGGCACGGCUGUUCAGCUGCGGGGCCGCAUUGUCUGCCCGAUGCAUCACGCUGGCAGCUGAUCCCGUUCUCUUUCACGCAGCCCAGAAGUUACCGUGCACACGCAGCAUAAUGAUGUGUAAUUAUACAUCUGACACAAAAUAUAAAUAUUUACAUUUAAAAGAUACAUGCAGCACCUAACCGCUAAUUGCUGUGCCAAAGACGUUAGAUGUUCCUGCAGUAAGCACGCUUGGCAGAAUAACAAAUUGCAAUUUCACACGUA